GCGCGCAGUGCGCAGGCGCGCUCGCCCAACGCGCAGGCGUCGCCGCCAAGUGACUUCUCCAAAAAGUGUGUUAGUUCCCGGUCACCUGAGCGCCCGGGACGCGUUUCCCCGAGCCUCUCCGGACCACACCCGCCGCAGGUCGUUCCCGGGGACCACGUCCUCCUCCGCCCACCACUGCAAGGCCCCCGCCCCUCCCCGGGCUUCCAUCCUUCCUGUCCUUUCCGCAGAGCCGGGCCGGACCGAACCGGGCCGAGCUGGGCCGCCCGGGCGCGGCCGCUGACCAUGGCGUCCCUCUUCAAGAAGAAGACCGUGGACGAUGUAAUAAAGGAACAGAAUCGAGAGUUGCGAGGUACGCAGAGGGCUAUCAUUAGGGAUCGAGCAGCCUUAGAGAAACAAGAAAAACAGCUGGAAUUAGAAAUUAAGAAGAUGGCUAAGAUUGGUAAUAAAGAAGCCUGUAGGGUUUUAGCUAAGCAACUUGUUCAUCUACGGAAACAGAAGACAAGAACUUUUGCUGUGAGUUCCAAAGUGACAUCUAUGUCCACACAAACAAAAGUGAUGAACUCACAGAUGAAGAUGGCCGGUGCCAUGUCUACCACUGCAAAGACAAUGCAAGCAGUCAAUAAGAAAAUGGAUCCACAGAAGACACUGCAAACAAUGCAGAAUUUCCAGAAGGAAAACAUGAAAAUGGAAAUGACUGAAGAAAUGAUCAAUGAUACCCUUGAUGACAUCUUUGAUGGGUCUGAUGAUGAAGAAGAAAGCCAAGACAUUGUUAAUCAAGUUCUUGACGAAAUCGGGAUUGAAAUCUCUGGAAAGAUGGCCAAAGCUCCAUCAGCUGCAAGAAGCUUACCGUCUGCUUCCACUUCAAAGGCUACCAUCUCCGAUGAAGAGAUUGAACGGCAACUCAAAGCUUUAGGGGUAGAUUAGAUCAAAAAGCCAUAUUGUUUUCACUUUGGCCUAAAGUGAGUCCGGUGUAGAUUCCUUUUACAAAUACAUUCAUUUUGCAAAAAGACCAUGAGUGAACAGUUGUUUCUUGACCCAUGGCUAUUUUGAAUCUUUUGCCAAAGAAUGCCAGUGAUGUAAAAUUGGGAACAGAUUGGGUUUUAACUAGAACCACCAAGGUCUGAUGAUGUGUGCAAGCUGAGUUUUUUUCUGCAUGGCAUAGAGAAAUGGUGUCAUUAUUUAGUGUCGGGUUGUGUUCUAAAUCUUUUUACACCAAGGUCAGAAUUCUUGUUAAAUGCUAUUAGGCACCAACGUAAAGAGAUUUGUAAAAAUAUUAAAGGUAUAUUGCUAAUUUUGUAUCUGUUGCUUGUCCUUUGUAGACAGUUAUGUUAGGAUCACAGAAGACAGUGCAGCUGCCAAAUUAUUUUUAAACCUUCUAAAAGAAGAGUGCUAUUUAAACAUCUGUCUUAAAAACUGUCAUGAGCUUUUACUUUUCUUCCAUUUUUCCCCCUUUGGGAGAACAUUCUAGUUGGUAAGUUUAUUACCUUUCAAAAUGUGCUUGGCACCUGCCUUAAAUAGCACAAACAUAUUGUGCACAUCUUUAAAUUAUUUUAACUGGCAAAAAAGAAUUACAUUUUAAAAUAAAAUUGAGACUUAGAACGCUUACCCAAGCUGUCUUGUAAAGCUUAUAAAAAGAGAAUUGGAUAUAAUUAGCAAAAUGAAGAAAGAAGACACUGAAUUAAUAACAUUUUAUAGUAAUGAAACUAUACUUUGGUCUUUCUUCCAAGAACUGAGAUUUUCUCCAUAUGAAUUAUAACUUAGCCUGUGUUGAAUUUUGAAUUGUAUUAAUAUACACAUUAAACCCUCCAAAUUGAAGCCAUUCUUCUAAAUGAAGUAAUACUAACAUGACAAUACUUGACCUAGAUUUUUAAAGUAAAAGCGUUUUUGUUUUGUUAUGUGUUUAGUAAAUAAACCUGCAGCUUUGUCAGAAAUUGCUGCCUAAAGUGCAUCAUUGUUUUUGCAGUAGUUUUAAAGGUAAGAUAGUUAUAUCAUAGAGCAAGAGAAAGAGAAGGAUGCCGCAGAGUUGAAAAGAAAACAGGUUAAUUUUGAAGAAUGAUGUUGUAAACUAUGGAUUCUGGCACAUCUCAACACAAAACUGUAGAACUGCCGGUCAGUGUAAGCUGGCAAAGCCUGAGUGAUAGACUUUGGACUUGCCGGUUAACAAAGGUGUACUACAACGAUAUACGUGGGUCAUAGAGGUACAGAGAGCAGAAGCUCCACCAGCUGCUUUAGAAUCCAGAACCAUUUGUGUUCAGAGAGUUCCAUAAUGUCAGUCUAAGUGCACAAUUCCCAUUGUCUCUGAAUAAGUCCAAACAUUGUACUGUAUCAUGGGGUCUUGCACCCACACAUGUUUUAGAUGUACAUAAUAAUGUUGUCUAACCUAAUUUACUUUCUUGUUUACAUGUGGGAGCUUUGAUUUUUAAGAUUAUUUUGUCUUAAAAAAAAAAACUCAAUAAAGAUUUAUUGCUCUUA